AUGGGCGUAACGCAGGGAUGCCGAAAGUGCAUUAGCGACGAGUGCAAUGAGCAGAAACGGCAGUACUUCCUUCAGCAGCAGUGCCUGUCGUGGGCGCGCAUUGGCGGCAACGCAUUGCCAGAGAUGGCGUCAUUCGAGGAGGCGACCACCAACUCCCUGCGUGUGUCGAACUCAGUCUUGAACGUAAUCUCGGCAUCGAGCGAAAACUGGGAGGAUCAUCGUGACUUAAGCAUCUCCUCCAGACUUCGCGGCGGCGGUCGCCGUGCCAGUGGCGGUGACAGCACCGCCUCAGAGCGGGAUGCCAGCUUGAGCAGCAGUGGCAGCGGCGUGGACGUGGGCAGAGAGGUUGCUCUGCAGCCUCCGGCGCGCUUUGGACACACCGCCGUCCUCUACAAGAACUCCCAGAUUCUCAUCUUCGGCGGCAAAGCGAGUGAGGAGCACUACUUCAACGAUGUCUACCAGUACGACGCGUCGGCGCGACGUUGGAGGUGCCUACAGGAAGAGUGUAUCGACGAGGCCGCGGCGGCGGUCGUCGCCAACGAGCAGGGCAGCGUCAGUCCGUCGUACGCAUCCGCGCAGUCUGCGUCGCCAUCCUUCUCCCCAACCGCGUCACCUCCGGCUUCGGCGAGAUGGGUCGAAGCAGUGCUAAUGGCAGUACCCAUUUCCGAGGCGACACCGACAGACGCGUCUUCGUCGCGCUACAGCAGCGGGUCUAUCAACAACAGCAGCAUUCAGGAGCGCAGCGUCAUUCAGCGUUACGCGGCCACCUCGCGCGUCUUCGCUGGACCUGUCCACCAGAGCACCCUGGCCGGCGGGACGCUGGCGGUCAGCGCAAGCAGUAGCCGCGACGGUGCUACCAGAUAUUAUAACUCUCUUUUGGAGACGGAGGUGGCACGGCGUCGGCGUCCCGCGGGACGAGUCGGUCACGCUGCUGCGCUGUACCAGGACUCAAUGUACAUCCUCAGUGGAGAGUAUCUGGGGCACUUCUUUGAUGACAUGUGGGCGCUUGAUAUUCCCAGUCUCACCUGGUACAAGGAGUGCGGCCUGCCCUUCUCGCCGCGCAAGGGGCACACAAUGCACCUGCUCCCUGCCGACUUCACCGCCACCCGCGCCCGCCAAGACAUGCUGGUUGUGUUUGGCGGCCUCGUGAAGGCAUCACGUGCCCGGCCGCGUCCUGCUGACCCGGAACUACCCACACGCAGCCAAGGCGAGCCGGACUUUGCCUGCGCUCCCACAAAUGCGGUGCUGCUCUACUAUCUGGCGCAGCGGCGAUGGUGUCAACUGAAGACGUGCGGCGAGCAGCCCUCCGCACGCUUUUACCAUGUCUCUCAGCUCAUCACCGGGACGGCGCUGCUGAUCGUGUUCGGUGGACGCUCCACCACUCCAGCGCAGACGAGCGACGGCACUGCUGCCGCCACUGAAGGCGCCUUUCUUAAUGACCUGCACAUCCUCGACGUGUCCACAGGGUUUUGGCGCCACAUCCGAGACUUCACCGGCGAUAUCCCAUCGCCUCGCAUGUGCGCGGCAAGCGUGUUUGUGAACGACACGUUUGGCGUUUUCGCCGGUGGCGGCGACACUUACUGCGAGGAUGCCUUCGAGUUUUCCCUGCAGAGCCGUCGGUGGCGGCGUGUGAAGCUGAACAACCAGCCCGCCUGCUCGCGUCCUACCGUCACCUACACGAAGGAUCGCCUUGUCUUCUUUGGUGGCUUUGCCCCCCGUACUGGUGUCAUGAGCUGUACAAUGGAGCUCUGUCUUUCCCCGCUGUCGCUCAGGAGCCGGGGCCUGCAGUGGUGGAGUCGGUGCACCUUUGAGAAGCACAUCCGCUCCUGCACAAAGAGCCGCGCUCUAGAGAUGGAGGAGAAGGCGGCAGCAGCAGCAGCGGCAGGCACGAUGGAGCGCAGCGGGAGUAGCUGGUUCACCGGUUGCAGUGGACAAGUGAUGCUGCAGUGCAGCCCCUCUGUGACAGCUCGCAGCAGCCCCCUCGCGACACCACGAUCGUGUUUCGUAAACCGCGGAGUCCUUAGGCCAGCGCCUUUGCGAGUGCCAAGCUUUGACCAAAUCGGCGUGCUAUCAGCAGCGGCUCCUGCGUGGGGUGGCGGGCCCCCAGCGACACAGUUGCCCGCUCGGGGCGCUCUAACGCUGUCUCCAACACUGUCGUGCUGGUCCUCGUCGUCAGCGGUUUUCUCGCCCCUCUCAGGUUCUUCGAAGUUGAUACCGUCGUGGCAGGACACAGCCAGCAGCAACUCGAACCUCGCAGGCGGCGGCACAGUUUACGCAUCGGGUGGUGGUGGGACGACGGCGACUUUCUGUUCGCUCGCCUCAGUGACACCGCCAGCACACAACCUUUUUCCCUCUCAUCCCGUCACGGCGAUCAACUCGUCGCGCAGCCCUAGCCAGACCGGGAGCCCGGCAACCGUUUCCACUGCUGCCUCAACCUCACAGGCGCAUCUCUGGUCCCACAUGACUGCCACCGUCGUGCAGAACACAUCGGCCGCCGGCACCGCCGUCUACAGCGGCAGCGGCAGCGCUCAAGCACACUCGCGCAGCAGCGGUGCACUCGCAGCGGAAGAUGCCAAUGUGAUGGUGGUGGGGGUCGCCGACUGCACGCAAAGCCGUUCAGCCUCAUCCCCACCUACCCCCCUCUCUCACUCAGCAGCAAGUUCUGUCUUGGGCUCUGCGCCUUCGGUCUCCCAUACUGCAGGACUGGGUAGAUCCUCGCUCCCACCGCCUGUGACCGCCACGGGCGAGCAGCCCGCGUCGGCGUGUUUCAUCACGAAUUGCGUCCGCAACCUUAGUGGCUAUGUAGCGGCAUCGGCUCCCCACCUCGCCAGGUCCUUCUCAAACCAAGUGCCUCCAUCAGCCCAGACCGGCGGUCCCCCAUCAGCAGCAGCAGCUGUGAACAACGGACGCAGGGGCGGUAGUAGUGCUGCUAGCAGUGGUAAUUGGGGCCACCCCAUGUGCAUGCAGCAGCGAGGAAGUCCAUUGCAAGGACGUGCAGCUCGCUUGGAUGUUGCGCUUUUUGGUCUGUCACCGUCACCGCAGCCGACCCACGACCCCAGCGCGGGAAUUGUCGCGUGCCGGCAACCUUCGCCGUUCGUACAGCGCUCCAGCAGUAUCACCAACGGCGGCGGCUCCGCCUUCACCAGUCAUCAGCAGCCGCACGCAUCAACGCAGUUCACCGAAUCCGCCUCUAGCAGCACCUCCUCGGGGUCAACAAUAUUGGCCGCUCAUACUCCGAGCAUGUACGCAAAGUACACUAUCCAACGACUGGAGGGGACGAGCGGGCCGUACUUCCUCCAAGCCCUGGCGGCCAGGCUGAAGCGGCAUGAGGCGGAGCACACGGAGAAGCGGACUCUGUGA